AUGACUGGCAACGAGAACGCAGUCCCGCAGGCUGAUCAUCUCACCGUCUUCUUUGCCUCCCAGACCGGCAAUGCGGAAUCCAUCUCUCGCAACAUCUACGAGCAGGCCCAGGAACGGGGCUUCAAGGCCUUCCACCACCCCCUCAACGACCACGCCAAGGUCGACUGGGACAAGGAGGAUUGCCUAGUCUUUGUCGUUUCAACUACCGGUGACGGAGACCCCCCAGAUAACUCAACAAAGUUCUGGCGCCACCUCCGCAAACUCAAAGGAGUCGGUCUCACCAAAGCCAAAUACACCAUCCUCGGCCUUGGAGACACAAACUACGAUAACUUUUGCCAGACAGCGAAACGUCUCGACACCCGUCUUCAGGAGCUAGGUGCAUCAUCGUUCUAUCCCCGAGGAUUGGCGGACGAUGCCACAGGCCUUGAAGAAACAGUGGAUCCAUGGAUCAAGAACCUGUGGCCUGCUCUUGCCCAUCAAGUUAUUUCAACUCCCGCAAUCCAUGAUUUGCCCCAACCUCAUUUCACGCAAGAGGAAGAAAAAGUCGUCAAGGGUUUAAUCCAGAAACAGGAGCAGGAACGCAGACAGAGCAUUACCGCCGCCACACUCGACUCGCCUAGAUUACUCUCCACAGUUAUCUCGACAACUACUGGGCAGGACCCAAUUGAGAACACUAUCAAGGACCUCAGCAAUCUCACUCUCAAUCUGCCUGCUAAUCUACCCAUUACACCCGCCGUUGGGUACAAGAUCGAUAUCGAUUUAUCAGCCAUGGCGGAUCAUUCCAACCUCACAGCUUUGCCCCGUGUUCCGAACGCCAACCUCCAGAUUGCAGACUUGGAGACCGCCGUUGCAUCUCGGGUGCCAGGCUCAGUUCCGACUUUUAUUCAGACACCGACGCCACUGCUGAUGGCGACGAUCAACAAAGUCCAAUGCUUAACGCCUUCUGAUGCGCUGAAGAGAACUCUCGCCGUUGAGUUUGGAUUCGAGGACGACGUGGACUAUGCGCCCGGCGACUCUUUUGGAAUCUGGGCCCCCAACAACGAAGCCUUGGUCCGAGGAGUUUUGUCCGCACUAAAUGUGAGCGAUGCUGCUGCUACGAAGGCGGUCAGGCUGCAUGGACAAGGCAUCCCAUCGCAUCUCCAAACAGUGGAAUCCGCCACAUUGCUGGAUAUCUUCCGUUAUGCGGUUGACUUGACUUCGCCUCCUAAGAAGGCCAACAUUAGACUGUAUGCCGAACAUGCCAACGACUUGGCUGACAAACAAAAGCUCAUGUUUAUGGCCUCCAAGCAAGGAGCCGAUCAAUUCAACGCCUUCCGUGCACAGUCGCCUACAUUCCUGGAUAUCUUGCAUACCUUCCCGUCCGUCAAUGUUCCUCUUGCGCGUAUCAUCGAGACUCUUCCACCCAUGCAGCCGAGAUAUUACUCCAUCACCAGCUCUCCAAUGAGCAAGAGUGGACACCGUCGAUGGUCUUGCGCUUUCAACGUUGUCACCUACGAUUUGUCUGGAGGUAUUCAUCGCCGCGGGGUUUGCACACCUUGGUUGGAUGAACUGGCAGGGCAAGUUCCUUUCGGAAAAGCUGUGACGACAGGAUUGACAACGCAGCGUCUACCUGUGUUCUUGAAACCUAACGAAACAAGAUUCAAUCUGCCGUCCGACACGACCAAGCCUGUUAUUAUGAUCGGUCCCGGUACGGGGGUCGCCCCUUUCAUGGGAUUUCUGGAGCACCGUGCGGAACAGAGACUUAUCAAGAAACGACUUGUCAACAUCGGAACAGGACCUCGUCAGCAUUUGGACGACCACUUUGGAGACAUGUGGCUUUUCUUUGGUUGCCGACAUCGUGAGAGGGAUUGGCUGUUCCGGGAGCAGAUGGAAUCAUACAAACGGGACGGCGUACUCACGGAACUACUGUUGGCGGUGAGUCGGGAAGAGAACGUUCCAAACAGUGCCAAAUACGUGCAGGACCUGAUGCGGAGCCAGGGCAAAAACCUUUGGAAUCUAAUUCACAAAAAGGGGGCAGCGAUCUACGUUUGCGGGGAUGCCAAGGGGAUGGCGAAAGCAGUUCACGACGAGCUUGUUAAUAUUUUGGUCGAUCAUGGCGGAUACGAAAAGAUGGCAGCCAUCAUGGAACUGAACAAAUGGGCACAAGAGAAGCGGUACCUUCGCGACCUGAGUUUGAGAAGACUGUUCCAUGCUCUAUGCGACUAA